AUGUCAAGAGAGUUUGAGAUGUCAGAUCUCGGCAAGUUGACAUAUUAUCUCGGUAUUGAAGUAAUACAAGGAGCAGAUGGGAUAAGAAUAAAACAAGAAGGUUAUGCUCGAGGUAUUCUUGUCGAUACUAAGAUGGAUUUGUGCAACUCAGCGCACAUACCAAUGGAGCCUGGUAUGGAGAUAUCAAAGGCUGAGAAACAAUCUGAGAUUGAUGCCACAAGAUAUAGAAGAACAAUCGGGUGUUUGAGGUAUCUGCUUCAUACACGACCCGAUUUGGCUUUUGUUGUAGGAGUCUUAAGCCGGUAUAUGCAGAGUCCGAGAGUG